AUGAGUGAUCAAGAAGAUACUUCUCGCGAGACCAACGCGCCUCAAAUAGCAGCAUAUGUCAAACCUCGCCAUGAUACAUAUCCUUUCAUAGAUCCUACCAGUGCCAAUUUAGCUGGUAAAUCUGUGUUCAUCACGGGUGCCUCCAAAGGUAUUGGUAAGGCCGCUGCCCUGGCCUUUGCGACGGCUGGCUGUUCCAAAAUUGCAAUUGCUGCACGAUCUCCCCUAGACGAUGUCGAAAAGGCCAUCAGAGAAGCUGCAGCCAAAGAAAAUCACCCUGAGCCUCUGAUUCUAAGCCUAACUGUGGAUACGUUUUCCGGAAGCCUCGACAUCUUGAUUUGCAAUGCUGGCUACCUGGAAGAUUGGCGAAAAUUAGCUGAGUCUCAAGCUGAUGAUUGGUGGAAGUCGUGGGAAGUCAAUAUGAAGGGCACAUACCUCUGUCACCGGUACUUUAUACCGCUGGUGCUCGAGUCGCAAACGAAGACAAUCAUCAACUGCAGCAGUAUAGGAGGCCAUCUCAUUUUGCCAGGUGCCUCGGGUUACCAGACCGCGAAAUUUGCAAUGGCUCGUUUUACCGAGUUUGCUGAUAAAGAGUAUCAUCAGCAAGGUCUGAUUGCGAUCAAUCUGCAUCCUGGCGGCGUUGCUACAGAAUUGGGUCAGCGUAUGCCAAAAUAUUUGCACCAAGUUUUAAUUGAUCCGCCGGAGUUGGCUGCUCAUACUGUGUGCUGGGACAUGCAGGAACUUGAGCAGAAAAAGGACGAGAUAUUGCAGAAGAAUGCGCUGAAGGUUCGAAUAGUCCUUUGA